AUGGUCCUCGUCGCAACUCCCAAUCGUGACCUACCGAAGCGUGCAUCGACGCUGGUGAUUGGAGGUGGACCGGCAGGGUUAGUGUCCCUCAAAUAUACGGUGGAGUACGGAGAGAAAUGGACAGAUGGCGAGGAGCCUGUGUUGGUAGAGAUGGAGUCUGAGAUAGGCGGAACAUUCAAGUGGAGAGGUUAUGAGAACGCAGAAUUGGUUAGCAGUAAACAAUUGACAUGCUUUUCCGAUUUUCGAUACCCACUCUCUGCACCUGAUCAUCCUUCUCUGCCUAAUUUUGUCGAAUACCUCAACUCGUACGCAGCACACUUCGGAAUCACCCCUUACAUUCGCACUUCCACUAAACUCAUCUCUCUCAAUUAUGUCUCUUCCCCUGAAGACGGCUAUAAGCACUUGGCUGUACUCCAACGUCUCAAUCUCGACCAAGAACCUAUAGGAGAACCAGUAGAGAUCUUAGCGAAGAAUGUCAUCAUCACCACUGGUUUACAUGUCACUCCGAAUAUUCCCAUCAUACCAGGAUUGAACAGCGAACCAAAACCGAUUAACGGUCCAAAAUGGUUACAUUCCUCUUCGUACAAAUACCGAUCACAACUUGAAAGCAGGAAAGUAUUAGUUCUCGGAGCAGGGGAAACAGGCAUGGAUCUAGCAUAUGAAUCGGUAAUGUCACCUGCAUCAAAAGUAUGGAUGGGAGUAAGGACUGGAUUCCUAUCAUUCCCAAAAGUACUCAACAAUUUUCGUGUAUUGGGAUUCACAUUCAAUGGUAAUUUACCAAUUGACGGACUGAUAACGAAUUUAUUUGAAGAUACAUAUGUUCAUAAAUGGGUCGCUCAAUCACAUUUAAGAUGGUUCAUUUCAGAUUUAAUUAUCAAGAGGGUUUUAUGGGUAUUGACUGGUACGAUGGCAGGAUGUAAUCAAUGGGCAGGUGAAUUACCACCUGAAAGACAAGGCAGAGCUUAUGUUUUCUUGAAUAAAUCUGCAAAAGCAAUGCAAUUCAUUAAUAGACCUUUUUAUAAUCUAUCACCUAUACAUAAAUUAUUCGCCCAUUAUAUAGAUCCUCCUCCACCGAAAGGCAACGAUGAUCCAACGAUCGAUAUAGUACCUUUCCCCAAAUCAUUCGAUGAAAAUGGAAGAGCUGUAUUUCCUCAUCCACCCAAUCAUAGGAGUAAAGAACUGGCCUGGAAAGAAGAAUGUAAACCUGAUUUAGUCGUUCUGUGUACUGGUUAUAAACAAGAUUGGAAUUGGUUGGGAGAAGGAUAUCCUAGAGGUCCAGAAGAAUGUGAAAUUAGGGGUGUUUGUAGUGAAAAGGAUUUAACCGUUGGUUUCAUCGGAUUCGUGAGACCUGGUGUUGGUGCUAUACCACCAAUAGCAGAAAUGCAAACUCAGCUUUUCCUCCUCUUAUCCCAAGGUAGAAUUGCUAUCCCAUCAUCGCCCGAAACGUAUCACCUUUUACAUUCCCCAACAUCUCGUAUACAGUAUGGUGUAGAUCAUUCCACGUACAUGUCUACUUUGUCUAAAGAUAUAGGUAGCUCGCCUGGAUUAUUCGAGUUAUGGUGGCAAUAUGGGUGGUUUGUCCUAUUCGUUUAUUGCUUCGGAGCAGCCUUCCCUACAUUCUUCAGGUUGACGGGCCCUUUCAAGAGUGAUAAAGCAAAACGAAUCGUCGAGACCGAAUUAUGGGAAACUAUUCAGAGACGUGGAUUGUUGGGAAAUAUCUUCAUGGGGGUGAUACCGAUGGCCUUCUACGCUAUCAUCAACAUUACCGCUUAUCUGAUCGAGAAAACAUGGUCUCUUGCUGCACCCCUAUUCGGCUUACCUCCUCCUCCAGACAACAUCGCGACAGAAACCAAGUGUAUCAAGGUGAAACCGCUGUGA